UACCACACGAGGAAGAAAAUCCUCCGUGGCAGGUACAGUACUGUGUACCAGAAUAGUAGGUGUUCUGUGAUAGUACACUGUAGCGCAGGCAAGCGAACCAUCUUCUUCUUUCUCUAUGAGCGAACUCGCUUCUGCGGACCCGGCAAGCGGCGGCCGCGCGCAACCCAACUGAACUGAAAGCUCGGCAAGCAGCGGCCGCGCGCCGGCUGGCCAACCCAGAACUGAAGGCCUGGAAAGCUCGGUACACGCGCCAGAAACGAAAAGCCAAUCCGGAGCUUCAAAAGAGAGAAGCAGCAGCAAACGCCAGCGCAGAGUAGAGAAUUCGGAACUUCGAGCUGCAGAGGCACAGGCUCGUCGCGAGGAACGCCGUUUGCACGAGGUUGCAGUUCCUCCCGCAGCCAUGCAACGCAAUGCUGCUUCGUGUCGUGACCAGUCUACGUCGUGUGAGGUGGGCCUGUCCAAAUCAAUACAGGCCGAGCUACCCACUCCUAGCGUCUCGGGAGGGACCCAAACCAACAAGUUGAGAGGCCUUCAGGAGUUUUCUUCGACCCCGAGUGUGUCACUGCAAAACAGAGUGCCUUCAGUGUCGACAAAUUCAACAGGAGCCGGACAUGCAAACGUUCACGGCACAACGGAAGGUGACUGUCGAAUCAAGAUGACUGCUGACCCAUCGUGCAACAUUAAGAGAGAAAACCCUUCCUUUGGAAAUGUGUGUUUUGUGGUUAGUGCAUACGGCUGCGGCGUUUGCUCGCGAAGUUUCGAGGAGGUCGAUCUCCUGUUCUCGCACGUACUGGUGUGCCCAUGGCCAGAGCCGUUCCAGUGCGGCCUGUGUAUGGAGCCCUGCAGGAGCUGGGGCGCAACACGGGACCACCUAGCCGCUCACAUGAAGAAAGGCACGGAAAACUGCCCACUGUGUGGUCACACGUUUGGCAAGCAGUGGACUAUAUUGCGCCACAUUCAGCGCCACCACAUGCCUGUGAAGCCGUUUGUUUGCAACUGUUGUGGGGGCGCAUUCGUUGGGAAGGUGGACAUUCACCAGCACAGCCGUCUGUGCCGUGCGAGGACGCAAGAGGUCGAGAGAUACCUCGGCUCGAGUGAGAAAGGCGACUCGCAGGCUCGCAGCCACCUGGCCACCACGGUGUACAAAUGCUCCCUUUGCCCGAGUAGGUUUUUGGACCGCUUGGUGAUAGCGAAGCACAUGCGUGCUCACCUGAACAAGGUCCAACGAAGUCACAACGACGAUGAAGCCAAGGCAGCGGCAUUGACGGAGGGCAAGGCAACUGCAGCACAGGUUUGCCGCCAAGACCCUACGCCACGGAUGGUCACAGCUGCUAUGGAUGAAAAGGCGGCUCAACGCCAAGCGGAGUUGAGAGCUCGUAAAGCUGCUGCAGCACGUCGACGCCGGCAAGCGGACCCUCUGUGGAGGGCUCGCGAAACAGCAGCAGCACGGCGACGCCGGCAGGCGGACCCUGUGCGGAGAGCUCGCGAAGCAGCAGCAGCACGGCGACGCCGGCAAGCGAACCUGGAAGCGGCGAGAGCGCGGGAAGCUGCAGCAGCACGGCGACGCCGGCAGGCGGACCCUGUGCAGAGAGCUCGCGAAGCAGCAGCAGCGCGGCGACGCCGGCAAGGCGAACCUGGAAGCGGCAAGGUCACGUGAAGCUGCAGCAUCACGGCGACGCCGGCAAGCGAACCCGGAGGCAGUGAGAGCGCGGAAGUCGAAGCAGCACGACGCCGCCGGAAAAUGAAACGAGAGACGAUGAGAGUGGGGGACGCUGCAGCAGCAGGGCGAUGCCGGCAAUCGAACCUGGAAACGGUGAGAGCGCGGGAAGCAGCGGCAAAACACCAGAAGCGUUCACAUGCAGACUCGACUGCCUCAGACAAGGGAAACUUUCGCAGCACGACGACACCGGCGAUAGGACCCAGAGGCUGUGAGAAUGUGGGAAGCGGCGGCAAAACGGCUGAAGCGUUCACCAGUGAAGCUGUAGUUUAAGGUGCGAGAAACUGUAGAAGCCCGGCGACCCGAAUGAUCUCCCGAUGCUUCGCCCACUGGUCAUUAUUCACUUCGUGAAUAUUCAGUGAUUUUUUCAGUUAUCUUGACACGGACUAUUGACGCUUUCCACACAUCAGUGGCAGACAACACGUGUGAAAUAUCUUCGAACUUGAAGUUUUUUGUCACCCAGAAAAUGCACGCCAGCCUCACUGUUAUCAACAGUAUAACAACGAGCCGACGCAGUGCACUAUGCGAACUUUGCGUCAUGCAUGGAUCGGAAAACCCUGGAGUUGGUGACGGAAUCACUGGACAACAAUUCACUCAGUGUUGUUUGUAUGCACCACAUGCGACUGACAAGAUAUGACCGAGGUGCUGUUAAUCUGCUGCAAGAUACUAUGUCCUAGUGACGUAAGGCGGAGUUUUAACAUCACAGUGGAAUUGCUCCUCCUGUACAGAAACCAAAAGUGCUCUUUUGUAAUGUAGUGAUAAUAAAUAUAUAUUCAAUGCA